AAAUAGAUAUUUUCGCAAGAUUGCGGUUUUAUAACAAUUUCUAAUGUAUCAUUUUUUUCAAGUGAGUCAUCUACGAUCAGCCCUUAUCGUUGAAUACAUUGUCGUUGCGUAGUGCGAUGAGUGCAUAUUACUGUUGUACGUAAACGUAUACAUAAAUUAUGUUUACAUUUGAAAAAUAAAGUGUACAAAAGACGAUUGCUUUUCAACGGAAGAAUAUAAUAAUACGAGAACUUAUCGAAUCGUAAGCAAAAUACGUAAAAUCUAUAAAGCGUACAGUUCUCGCAGGAUUCAGUCUUUAUAAACAAGACGCCAUGAUGUUCUUGCAACGCCAUAAUACUGUUAUUCGAUGUUUCGUUCUUUCAACGAUAAAUAUUUGUACAUAGUUAAGAUUGCACGAGAAAUAUGAAAAGGAUAAAUCUUAUCGUAUCAGAAUAAUUUUUAGACAUUCAGUUUCGGUGAGUACGUAAGGAGGUUCGUGAAAUAAAUACUUCCUGAUAUUCUAAAAGUUCUCUGUACUAUUGCUCGUUGUGAAUGCCCUGAAAGGAGCGAAAGAGACAGAGAUCGAAAGAUGUAAAGAGAGAGGAAAAGAGACAGAAAGCGAGAGAGAGAGAAAGAUUAUGAACGCUGCGAGUGGCUAUACUGUAUUACAAGAAAAUUUGCUUCGAUGUUUAUCGUGUUCAUAGAACUGUUGUUGUUAAGAAUACGAUAAAGCCGAGGUGUGAAAUCGAUAAAUUCACGGAUAUUUUUAUUCGAUUGUAAUGGCGAAAGGUUGGCGUCAAGAAUGUGGUAAAAGGAGUGGGAGAUCGUAGUAAAAACAAUGCUGGAUCGCUAGGCAAUUCUACGUUGUUCAGAAACAGAAGCACUACAUAAAACAUAGGCAUAGUUUGUAUAUUACAGUAUUUUUUAACAUGGAUGAUGAAGAGGGAUCAUCAAGUUCUGGACCUAUGUCUUCGUUAAAUAGUUUAUUUUCAUUUACUAGUCCUGCUGUUAAAAAGUUACUCGGUUGGAAACAGGGUGACGAAGAAGAAAAAUGGGCAGAAAAGGCAGUUGAUUCUUUAGUAAAAAAGUUGAAAAAGCGGAAAGGUGCAAUAGAAGAAUUAGAACGUGCUUUAAGUUGCCCAGGUACCCCUAGUAAAUGUGUGACAAUUCCAAGAAGUUUAGAUGGAAGGUUACAAGUUUCACACCGUAAGGGUCUACCACAUGUAAUUUAUUGUCGAGUAUGGAGAUGGCCAGAUUUGCAAUCGCAUCAUGAACUCAAACCACUGGAACUAUGUCAGUACCCUUUUUCUGCAAAACAGAAAGAAGUUUGCAUCAAUCCUUAUCAUUAUAAAAGAGUGGAGAGUCCAGUAUUGCCACCAGUACUGGUUCCUAGACAUUCAGAAUAUGCUCCUGGACACUCCUUGUUACCGUUUCAACAAAUAGCAGAACCAACAAUGCCACACAAUGUGUCCUACUCAUCCAGUGGGUUUAAUGCUGGAUCCACUGGUGGUGUAAAUCCAACUUCACCUAUGUCUUCUGUUGGGUCUGUUCCUAGCCCAGGAAGCACAACAUCACCAAAUCCACAAAGUCCAUAUGGCACUAAUGGAUUACCAGAAACACCACCUCCAGCAUAUUCUCCUCCUGAAGAUGGUUCACAACCUGGACAAUCACCACCUCCAGAUCCAGUGGCAAUGGAUACAACUGGAACUGCAGAAGUAGCUCCUGUGUGCUACCAAGAACCACCUUAUUGGGCCUCCAUUGCAUAUUAUGAGUUGAAUUGCAGGGUGGGUGAAGUUUUUCAUUGUCAUUCUCAUUCUGUAAUCGUGGAUGGCUUUACAAAUCCAAGCAACAAUUCUGACCGUUUCUGUCUUGGACAAUUGUCUAAUGUAAAUCGCAACUCUACUAUUGAAAAUACAAGAAGACAUAUAGGAAAAGGAGUACAUCUAUAUUACGUAGGUGGUGAAGUUUAUGCAGAAUGUUUAUCUGAUUCUGCUAUAUUUGUGCAAUCUAGAAAUUGUAAUCACCAUCAUGGAUUUCAUCCUAGCACAGUUUGUAAGAUUCCACCAGGAUGUUCACUGAAAAUAUUUAAUAAUCAAGAGUUUGCUCAGCUGCUCUCACAAAGUGUUAAUCAUGGUUUUGAGGCAGUGUAUGAGUUAACAAAAAUGUGUACUAUAAGAAUGUCAUUUGUUAAAGGAUGGGGUGCUGAGUAUCAUCGACAGGAUGUUACAUCAACUCCCUGUUGGAUUGAAGCACACUUACAUGGACCCUUACAGUGGUUGGAUAAAGUGUUGACACAAAUGGGUUCCCCCCAUAAUGCCAUAAGUUCUGUAUCAUAAUUUGUGCUUCACGUUUAAUAGGAAGAAGAUAAAAUAGUGAUAUGUAGGAAAAAACCAGAUUCAAGAGCAGUUUUUAAUAUUAAAUAGUGCGAUAGUAAUAUAGACAUUGAAAGAGAUUUAAGAAAAAAAAAUAGUAGAAGUGGUAAGUGGAAAAAAUGCUGUCCCAAUAUGAGAUCACCUAUCUCAUGUAAGCACAAUGAAGAAAGUUCAUAAUAUAAUUCGUAUGAAAGUAAAGGAUUGCAAAGGUCAAUAAGUAUUGAAUGUGAUCCUUGAUAACAAAAUUUCAGAGAUCACAAUGUGCACAUAAAAGCUGUACAAUUUUUUGGCUGUUACAUAGGAAAAGAAUUCUAGUAAAAAAAUAUGUCUUACAUAUAUAAGAAGAAUCAUAUUUUUCAAAUAUAUUCAACUACAUCUAAUACAUUAUUUUAUAUGGAAAAUUGUUAUGAAAAUAUUUCCUAAUGCUAUAUCACGAAUGCUUCGUUAGAUUGUUUUUCAAGACUUAAUGCUGAAAUUGCAGGUUGAAAAACGAAUCGAUUAAACUGAAGCGAGAACGAUUAGCAGCUAAUAGAAACAGAUGGUUCAAAUUUCGAUUGAAUAACGGUGCAAGAUUUACGAUUUUUAAAACAAUAUUUGCAUGCUUAUAAGCAUCUGAUUUAUGCCUGAACAAGCCUUAGAUUAUUCAAAUUUAUUACUAUAACGAAGACUAUAAUGUAAAUGUAAUUGAUUUCGAUUUUACUAAUGAAAAUGCAAUUAAUAUUUCAAUAUAGACAUCAGAUGCUGAUCUCACGUUGACGUUUGCAAGUUAACUGCAUCCGAUGACAUAUUGAAAUAUUAAAUAUAUUCGAUGAAUGCGUAUGAAAAAAAAAUAUUUUUUGUGCAAUGUUCCCUAACAUUCGUGUAAUGUAAGCCUUUGGAUGUAGCCUUAUAAGAAACUAAUGUGACAACUAACAUAAAGUCAUAUUUACAGCUUGUCAAAUUUGAAAGUAUAAUAUAAGAAUUAUACGUUAACUUUGCACUUUUCAGAAGUAUUUGUAAAUUUUAAACUUUAACCGAAGUUAAUGUACAUAUUAAAAAAAAAACAAGAAGUAUAUCAAUUAUGUGUAUUGUAUCGUUCGCGAUUUAAAUUGGUAUUACAUUUUGUACAAAAUGGAAAAAUUUUAUUAGUUGAAUUCUGAAAAGUGCCAAAAUCGUAUGUAUGUGAUGCUUUAUCUUUCUUAAAAUAAACCAGUUAUUUCUGUGAACGAAUAGACAAUAUAAGCCUUAUCGAUAAAACCGAUGAAUUUUGCAUAAAAAAUAUUCAGUUACAAGAAAAAUGUUAUCGUAAACUUUAGAAUAAUAAAUAUACGUGUUCUGUGAGAGUACCAUUACAAUAUUGAACGUACGAAUCAUCUACCGCAUACAUGCGCUAGAAAAUGAGCUGGAAAGGUCAUAUGAAUAUUUAGUUGAGAUUAAAUAAAAAAACCUGGGAAAGUGCUAUACGUGUUAAGAAAUUAUAAAUAAUGCUACUGCCUUUUUAUGUAAUUUAUAACAGAAAAUCAGUUUAGCGAUAAUUGUUUACCUAUACUGAUUACUUUUUUAAUUUUUGCAUUAAGAUACACAGGUAUUACCAUUAGCGUAACUGGGAUUUUUGUUUGUGAACUUGGUUCUUUAUCUUAGACAAUAGUUCUACAUAAGGUACGAUCGAUAUUUGGAAAUUUGAAAAUGAAAAAGUUAUUAAGCUAUAUAAGGUACCCUCACGCAAGUCCCUACUGCAGUUACGCCAAUGGGUAUUACUGAAGAAAGCACAAAACUGUUUGGCUCAACAUUGUAAUCGGAAAUACCUGUGAUAUGAUUUGUAUUCGAAUGAUCUUCUGGCUUGAUAACUUUAUAGUUAUUCUACAGAUGAUUUUUUAUGUAUAUUCUACGUAUAUUUGAAUUACAAGUAUGGAGACGGUAUACGGAUCAUAAUAACGUUAUCUAAGAGUACUUGAGAACUGUGGAACAGAAGUCACUGCCGCUUGCUCUUACUUAUUUGUCGAUGUACCUAGCUGUGAUUCUUUGCUACCAAAUUUAGCAAAUUAUGUGUGGGUGAUCAGCGAUGCUCUAUAUUUGCUCUAUCGAAUUAAACGAAGAUACGAGUAUCUGGAUUAAACAAAAAUGCCAAUCGUACAAGGAAAUAUGACAAUAAACCUCCGUUCUAAACAAGAGAGAUGAUCUUUUUACAACGAGGAAUAAAGAUUUUCACUCAUAAGAACGUUAUCGUACCAUUUACCGUUUUGUUCGUGAUCACCUGUUCAAUUUGUUUAGUUAAGAUAAAAAAAAAGACAAUACUUUUCCUUCUUUUUAUCCAAACAACGCUGUAAUUGGUAUUGAUAAAGUUUUAAAGUAUAUACAUCAAUUGUGAAAACAGAUGUGAAUUAAUGUUUUAGGUAUAUCGAGCUUGUCGCACUCGUAACGAGCAGAAUGCUUUAUCGCAAUAUGUAUGUAUGAAUAGUUACAUAUGUAAUACCUAUGUUAGAGCUUUUACUAUUUGUUGAUAUUUUUCUUCAUUUCUUUGUUAAUCGAUGCACAGUGUAUCACAAUUCUCGUUUCCAAAUCACCUGAAUAUUGCUCCUUAUUUUGUUCAAUUUUCUUUUGCAGAACUUGUAACUAUGAACGAAGGCCUAUGUUAUCACUGAUGCGAUUAUGAUGUUACGAGUUAACGUGUUUAAAUACAGUUGUAGGGAAGGAUUCUCCUACCUCUCGUCGUAACUGUCCAUGUUUGAUAAUGUAAUGGCAAGAAGAGAUUUUUUAAGACUAAAGGUUCAUACAGUAGACUCGUUAUAUAGAAAAUUUACCGACUAGGAGCCAACGAAUGGGGGAUUCCCUAACGUCACCAUUUUUUCUAAAGAAGCCUACAAUACUCGGUGUACAUGCCGCCCAAGUUGUGCCUUGGAUGCCUUUUAUAUUACAAGAAGUUUUUAGCACGUAUAACACAAUGGAACUAACAGAUGCUCGCUGAAUAGCACUGAAAUAUUUUUAAUAUCUAGUAUUAGUAAGAUAUAUAAAUCUCAAGUUUUUGCCUACAACGAUGAAUUAUAAAUAUAUAUUUAAUGUUAUUAUAGUUUUGCAGAGAGGAAUGUACAUGAAUGUAUAUAAAUGGACUAUGGUAAUUGGUGAUUUGGAAAGAGACUCGUGAUCGAUUCUAUUAUAGAUGUCAGUCAGUGUAAAUAAAUUCUUUUAGUUGUAAAAAACACAUUAUGUACGUCUGCAGAAUCCAUUCCACAUUUAUCGUUUAGAACAGAUAGCUGCGGGCUUUCUCUUUUAAUAUUUACUUUGAGUCUGUUGAGAUGCCGAUAUCAUUAUCACUAUUGUAUUGUCGUUCUGAACGAUGAUGAUGACAAGAGACACAACUGUCUGUCACGAUCGAUAAGUACGAUAUCGUAUAGUGUAAGUUUUUCCUGUAAAAUUGUAAAGAUCAAUGGAACAGAUCAGAUACAGUGAAAUACGUCGAUAAGUGUACACAUCCCCUUAAUCGUCGAGAUAAUGUUCGCUCGUUGUUAUACGAAAUGAUAUCACGGAACGAUGAAUGAUACAAUAGCGGGUACAGAUCUCUCGUAGCCAAUAUUACGGUAUCGUACGACUCUGCUAUCGUUAUAAGAUUAUGAAAUUCAUUAAGAAAAGGACUUCGUACAUGUUAGCCUAUAUCGUAAAGUGUAUUCUCUUUUACUCCGCCAAUCUUUCGAAACGAAACUUCAUUUGUGCUACUGUAUCUGCAUUUCUGGUAAUUACUGUGUUGUGCAGCUAUCAAGUAUAAAUAAAAAAAAAUAUUUCUA